CUCCUGCACAUCAAACUUGAAGCAGUCUACAUUCAGAAACCUUGGUGUUUUAAAUAGUCCAAGAUAUCAGAACCUCUUCAAUCACAACUGACAGCUGUGCAAGAGGACAUCUUUGAUCCUUCAAGCCAGGCUUCAGUGUCCCUUGAUGCCCCCUUUUUAAUCUGAGCGUUGCGCUGUCACUUUUCUGUUCUCCAAAUACAAUUACUGUUACAGAUCAUAAAUGCGUUUUUGUGUGCAGAUGAGUGAAACAGAAAAAGAUGUAAAAGUGGCCUUAUGGUACAAAGAAUUAUUUACAUUACUUGUAUCAAAAUCAGUAUGUUCCUUCCCAGCCUUGGAAGUCAGUCUUUCAGUUGAGUCAUGUGAAAACAGUGAAAGUUUGUGGCAGGCAUCACUGGUAUUUUUAUUACCAUUUUGUAUAACAAGGUUUAAGCAAAACAACUGUAAACACUUAAAUUCUGUUUAUAGUACAGGCUUUGUGGACACUUCCAGAUUCUCUUCAUAGCUUUGGUUUCUGAAUCCCAAGUUUUAUUGUGUGUGUUUAAAUACAGAGCAACUGAAACCUUGUUGUAAAGACAGGAAUGAAGCCAAAUGGACAUUCCAUCUUCAGUAGUUUGCUUAAGAUGGCUUGAAUGACAUCUCUCUAUCUUGGUGUAUAUUGUUAGUGAAGACUUAUCUGUUUCUGAGCAGAAUUUGCUACACUUGUUCUUUUUAUUAUUUGCAAGGAAUAGAGAAAGAAAAAAAUACCAACACACUUGUGAAGUUGGCUGCUAGUGAUCAGUUUAUUUUUGGAAGACUGCCUCUGCUGUUCUGCUUCAUUGCCUUAAAUUAUCCCUGUUCGACAAGGUUGAACUACUAAGAAAGAAAAAUCACUUUGAACCUGAAACUUGCAUAGUUAAGACUAUGAACACAUGGGACAGACCUUUCUAAUACAGAUUUUACACUGUCCACACCAGGUGAAGUCUUUGAUAUGGGGGAGGAGGGUUGAGUGUGUGUCUUAAUUCUAUUAUUGAUAGGCCAGAAAAUAAAGAUGUGAGACUGAAUGCCUAUCUGGUGCUCUACUGGUAUCACACACCAUCCCUUUUGCUGACUUCCUGUUUGUGAGCACAGCUGAAAAUUGCAUGUGCUGUCAAUUUAAAGUUGGAGUUGUACAGCACUUUGUCUGUUUUAGUCUCUGGAGUUCAUCUCUGUUUUUUUGUAAAUGUAGGCACUUUCCUAAAUGUUAGUCAAAAUUUUAUUUGUUAAGGGUUGUAAUCUGCCCUGCUCAUUUAACAAAUCAGCUUGAAUUUACAAACUGAAAAAAAAAGAUUUUUUUAAAUUAAAAAUAUAAGUAGCAUUUGUGGCUCUGAGAUGGUGUAUUCCUGGUUUCCUUCAAUUUUUAACCAAAAGGCAUUCAUUCAUUAGCACACCAAAAUACCCUCUGAGCAAGAAGUACUUGACUACUUCAGCCUGAUUUCAACUCUGUACAAAAUUUUACGUUUGGAAUUCUUGUAACCAGUUUUUGAUAUCCACAGAGUUUUUGUAAUACUUUCCAGGCAGUGAUGCAGGAUGUAUCCAAUGUCAAGCAUCUUCUUGUAGAUCCUUGCAAUUGUGAAAUGGGCAUUCAUGCUAUAUUUUCUACCAUCAUGUUUGGCUUUAGGUUCUCAGUAAGGAACAAUCACCUUCGUAUUAAAUUUACGUCACUUCUCUUUUGUUUUAUUGUGUUUAAGAAUAUGGUGUUCCUGGGGCAAGACUGUCAGAAGCACUUAACUGUGAUGUUGCCAUUCAUACAUCUUUUAGCUUUGUUGGGACAUAGAUGUGAAAAGAUGGAGAUCCUGACAAAAGUUGAAGGAACCUACACCUUCAUAAUUGAAACUACUGAGUAGAUAGCCAGAUUUUGAUUUUUGGUUUCUCAUGAAUAACACCAAAAAAUGUACUUGCAGCUCAGAAAAAAAAAAAAAAAAAAGAGAAAAAGCAGAAAACAGCUUUCUUCACAAACUAGAUUAUAAAAACUGGUUUCUUUAAAUCUAAUGAACAAGACUGUAGGCUACUAAAAGUGGAAGUGACCUUUUUCUCAAACAGGUGGAGCUUUAAAGCUUAUCAGACUCAUUUUGGCUCAAAAGAUUCUAUUUACUUCAGGAUUUAAUCCUGAUUUUUUUUUGGGGGGGGGGGUAAGCAACAACAGAACAUAAAGCUGCUACUUUCUUCUUUCCUGCUCUUGUGUUUCAAACUUCUGCUGUUAGACUAGGAAGACUUUUUUUCAUCUCUUGAGAUACCUGUAGUUUCUUGAAUACAGUACCAAAAAACCGCCUGGAGAGUUCAUCUACAGCUCUGCUGAAUAUAUUCAUCUAAGCACACUUUGCCAAACCAUACACUAUUACAAAGUAGGUAAGUCAGCAGGUAGCAGGACCUGAUCUUUACAGCAACACAUACAGGUUAAGAAUCUUCUUUAGAGUAGUCCUACAAACUUUAGAUCAGAUUUCUUCUAUGGAAUUAAACCAAAUAGUUCUGUACAUAAUCUUUCAGUAUUAACGAAGUCACGCUUUUCAUAAUGCGCUUGCAAGUCUUCUUGGAUUUCCUUCUGCUAAACAUUAAGGUACUUAAAAAAAAAAAAAAAAAAAGCAAAUGGAUAAUGCAAGAGCUCUUUCUACAUCAUUUGCAAGCAAAUCUUUAGUAAUCACACUAUAUUCAGUUUUAUAAGAAAUUAUUUGAAAAGUAAAUACUACCAAUUCUGUUUCCUAUAACAGAUAUGUUGAGGUGUUUAAUCUAUUUAACUUUGAAAUUUCAUUCUACUCCAAAAUAAUUCUACUGAGAAAUUGUACCUUUCGGAGCAAUUAGGCACUAGUGAUACCUAAUAACAUUUUCAAAAUUUUAACAAAAUUGCCAGAACUAGGCUUUUAUUUGAGACCAAAUGAUCUUAAUGCUUAGAAAAUGCAACCUGUAGAUAAACUUACUUUUCAUUUAAAAAAUAAUGAAACAGUUGAAGUGACUGCGAGGUGAAAAGUGUGCUUUAAAUGAUACUAUUUUUUAUCUGAAAUAUUCUUUAAAUAAAUACUAGCUCUGAAUAAAGUAGCUGAGCAACACAGCAGUGGCAUGUACCUUAUUUCAAGCAAACAAACUAAUCGCUGCCAGCUGGCCAGAUGUAGCUAAUUCCUGGCUCCAAAUUUAACAGUAAAGAGAAUAAAAGGCAAAUUUCUGCAUAUAAUUUACUAAUAAUAGUCUCUAAGUAACAUGGUGUAAAAUAUCAACUAACUUAUAGUAGCCUUUUCUUUCUGGGCCAAUUUUAUUUGUCAAAAUAAUUAAACAUCUGUUACUGCUAUGGAGCAUUGUAUCAGUUGAUACAUUUCUUCUAUGAGGAUGAUAAUCGCAUUUGAAACAAUAUGAAUAUGGUACGUUCUUGCAAGAAAAUUUUCAAGUUUUCUGAAACAUAAAUUUACUGGUUUUGAGAUUAAUACUUCGAGAGAUUCUGUUGUUAGGGUUUGGGGGCAGAUUACAAACACCUUAUGAGGUUAUGAUACUCUCUUGGACUUGCAAAAAAACAAACAAACAAAAAAAAAAAACAGUUUCUCAGGAAGAUCAUACCAUGUCGUAAGGCUGGAGAUGGAUGUAAAGCUACAAAGAAAAUCAUGUUUCAGGUUUAUGGUAGGCUGUGGUAGGUGUGAUGACUGGUUUCAUGGUGAUUGUGUUGGACUGAGUCUAUCUCAAGCACAGCAGAUGGGUGAAGAAGAUAAAGAAUAUGUUUGUGUGAAAUGCUGUGCUGAAGAAGACAAAAAGGCAGAGUGUUUUGAUCAAAGUCUACUGGAUACUCAAGUUAAACUUGAAAGCCACAGAGAAGAAAAAGCAAUUGAAUGUGAAAAACCGGGGAUGUCAAAGCAAGCACCUCCCUGUAAUCUAAAUCUAACAACUGAAAAAACAAAGCAGGCAGAAGAUGCAGGGAAGCAUAAAGUCAAAAUUUUCAGAAGGGAAUCUGGUGAUGGGAAGAAUUUGUCAGAAUCCAGAGACUCAGAUACUAAAAAAGGCCAACAUGUUCCUACUCGAAAAGCAACACAAACUGCUGUAAUUCCUCGGCGAUCUUCAGAUGAGAAAAGUGAAAAAAAUAGUAAAGAGUCCCUUAGCAUGGUUGAAAAGUCCACCAAGUCAGGUGUUCAUGAGAAACAAGAAAUUAAGAAAAAGAAAAAUGAGAAAGGAUCAAUCAGUGCAACACAUCUACCAGCUGUGCCAGCUUCCAAACCUUCUGCUGAUCAGAUAAGACAAAGUGUUAAGCAAUCUCUUAAGGAAAUUUUGAUGAAAAGAUUGACAGACUCCAGUUUAAAGAUUCCUGAAGAGAGAGCAGCAAAAGUUGCCACAAGAAUCGAAAGAGAACUGUUUUCUUUUUUUCGGGACACUGACUCAAAAUAUAAGAACAAAUACAGAAGUUUAAUGUUCAACCUAAAAGAUCCAAAAAAUAAUAUACUGUUUAAAAAAGUACUGAAAGGAGAGGUUACUCCAGACCAUCUAAUAAAAAUGAGCCCAGAAGAACUGGCUUCCAAAGAACUGGCUGCUUGGAGACUAAGAGAAAACAGACACACAAUCGAAAUGAUUGAGAAGGAACAGAGGGAAGUUGAAAGAAGACCUAUUACUAAAAUCACUCACAAAGGAGAAAUAGAAAUUGAAAGUGAAACACCAAUGAAAGAACAAGAAGUUAUGGAAAUUCAGGAACCUAAUAUGACAAAGAUGUUUGAGAAGUCAGAGGAAGUUGACAAAGAUAAAGAAGGAAAUGAAUCUGCAACUCCAGACACCACAAGUCAACACAAAAAUCAUCUCUUCGAUCUUAACUGCAAAAUCUGCAUAGGUCGAAUGGCACCACCUACUGAUGAUAUUUCUGCAAAAAAAGUGAAGGUGUCUGUUGGAGUUGCACGGAAACAAUCAGACAAUGAAGCAGAGAGCAUUGCAGAAUCACUUUCUUCAACAUCAUGUAUUUUAGCUUCAGAAUUAUUGGAAGAUGAUAAACAAGACUUAUCCAAAUCAUUCUCACCUCUCCCAAAAUCAGAAACACCUGGUACUGUAGAGUGUGAAAGUCUGUUUCUGGCACGCCUGAAUUUCAUCUGGAAGGGUUUCAUCAACAUGCCUUCUGUGGCAAAGUUUGUUAUUAAGGCUUAUCCAGUGUCUGGCUCUUUUGAGUAUUUGACAGAGGAUUUACCUGAUAGUAUUCAAGUAGGUGGCAGGAUAUCUCCUCACACUGUCUGGGAGUAUGUAGAAAAAAUCAAAGCUUCAGGGACCAAGGAAAUCUGUGUAGUUCGCUUUACCCCUGUAACUGAAGAGGAUCAGAUAUCCUAUGCUUUGUUGUUUGCAUAUUUCAGCAGCAGAAAACGUUAUGGUGUAGCUGCCAAUAACAUGAAGCAAGUGAAAGAUUUGUAUCUCAUCCCAUUAGGUUCCUCAGAUAAAGUCCCACAUCAUCUUGUGCCUUUUGAUGGGCCCGGGAUUGAAUUGCAUCGACCAAAUUUAUUACUGGGAUUGAUAAUUCGGCAGAAAAUGAAGAGACAGAUUACUGCUGUUGCAAGUGUUACUAGUAGUUUUGCGGACGAAGCUUCUGAAAGUACCUUGAGUAGCUUGCCGCCAGAGAAGAAAAGCAAGCCAAACAAACCUGAGGUCUCUCAUAAUGACUUGGUACUAGAAGACGAAGAGGAAAAUGAUUUUUUUAAUUCCUUCACAGCAGUGCUACAUAAGCAGAGAAACAAACCUCAACAGUCUAAUACAGAUGAUCUUUCAGCAGUAAUUGAACCGUUAGUGGAAAGUACAAAACAUGAACCACCAAAGCCUCUCCGAUUUCUUCCUGGAGUCCUGGUUGGGUGGGAGAAUCAGCCUUCCACGCUGGAGCUAGCAAAUAAACCAUUGCCAGUGGAUGAUAUUCUUCAAAGCUUGUUGGGUACGACAGGGCAGACAUAUGAACAAAGUAAGCCAGAGACGAGUCCCAGUGAAGACAUACCUUUAUUAAAUGAACAAACAACUUCAAAAGAAGAAAACAUGGAUGUUGCUGAAGUAGCUACUGAAGUCAGUGAGACAAAGGCUACUUCGGAUGAUACACAAGAAUCCACUAAUGCUACCGCACCUGGGGAUGCAGCAGUUGUAGGGACCUCAAGUUCUGCAAGGAGUGCUGGAACUUUGAUAGGACUUAGUCUAAAGGGAAAGCCUCCUGAUGUCUCCACAGAAGCAUUUUUAGCAAAUUUAUCUGCUCAGUCACAGAAUAAAGAAACUGAAGAAAGUAAAGAAAAUGAUUCAAAGCGGCAAUUGCCUGACAAGGAUAAUACUGCACAGGAAACUAGAAGGACAACAAAUUCCAGCUUUUCUUCUUCAUCAAGUGCAGGAAAAAAAAACGAGAACAAUGGUAAUGCAAGCUCUGCUGAAGGUACUACUGCUAAUACCUCUAAAUCACCACAAUUUAUUAACCUUAAGAGAGACCCUCGACAGGCAGCUGGACGAAGCCAGCAGACUAGUGCUUCAGAAAACAAGGAAGGGGAUGUUAGCAAAAAUGAAGACCGACAGAAUGUUUCAGGAAACGAACAAAUGGAACCAGAGAAUAAACAGACUUCUGGAGAAAUGGGAUUAAACCCGUAUCAAAGUGAUGCACAAACAAAUGAGAUGCAGUGCAGUUCAACUGCAACAAAAGCAGAUAACGCAUGUGCAUCACAAGCAGAAGAUACCAAACAGUCACAGGAAGAUGCACUGAUGCAAAACAUUGAAACAGUGAACUCUUUUAGAAGAGGACCAGCAGCAACUUCAUCUCAUUUUGAAACUGAAAAUUCUUCUCGUUCUGAGUUUAUUUCCAAAGUCCCAAGCCCUGGCAGCUUCUCAUCUGUUAGACCUCCGCAACAGAAUUUUCAGCAUCCUAAGUCUAAUCCACCUGGAUUUCAGUUUCAGGCUCCUGCACCUCAUAACUUCCCUCCACAAAACAACCCUAUGUUUGGAUUUCCUCCUCAUUUACCACCUCCACUUCUUCCCCCUCCAGGCUUUGGCUUUCCUCAAAAUCCGAUGAUGCCAUGGCCACCUGUAGCUCAUUUAUCAGGUCAGCCACCACACUAUGCUGGACCCAUUGCACAAGGGCUACCAGUGGCUCACAAACAAUCCAGAUUUUUGGGGCCAGAAAAUUUUUUUCAGGGUAAAGACAGUAGGAGACCAGAAAGACGUCAUAGCGAUCCUUGGGGCAGACAAGAACAGCAAUUGGAGAGAGGGUUCAGUAGAGGAAAAAAUGAUCAACACAGACAAAGAUUUUAUAGUGACUCUCAGCACCAAAAGAAAGAAAGACAAGAAAAAGAGUGGAACAAUGAAAAAUACUGGGAGCAAGAUUCUGAAAGAAAUAGACGCAGAGACAGAAACCAGGAAAAAGAGAGAGAGAGGAAGAGUAGAGAGGAAGGACAUAGAGACAAAGAAAAAUUGCGGCUUCCACACAGUGAUAGGGGUGCUGAUGGAAAAUGCCCCAGAGAGACUAGAAAUCCAGAAAAAAAGACGGAAAAGCCUAAGACGGAAGAGCAGGAUCAAGAAAAAGAUAAGGAGAGGGAAAAAAGUAAAGAGAAGCAUAGAGAACGAGAAAGCGAAAAGAACAGAGAUAGACAUAGGGACCACAGUGACAGAAGUAAAAGCAAAAGGUAAAAAGAUGCAGGCAGUCUUUUAAAAUCCUAUUUAAAUAAACUGUUAGAUUAAUGUCGUAAAACUUUGUAUAAAAAGAAAAAAAGCCUGCUAGGAUUGUGCCAUCUUUUUUAUUCAGUGUUGGUGUUUUGCAGAAACAAGUCUGUGUUUUGGUACCAUUCAAUGUACCAAUACUCAUCCUUUUUUCAUUAUACCAACUAUCGCUAGAAGUAGGAGUUUAAUAUUUUUAAAGAUUUUACAUUGCUGUAUAUUCAAAAUUUUAAAGAUUUCUUUUAUUAAUAUGCAAUAAAGGCUUAGAAAUUUUCUUAGCUGAUAAAGUUGGCUUUAGUCAAGUCUGCAAUAUAGUCGCUGCCUUUGGUAAUUUGUGCUCUCUUCUGUUUUAAGAUGCUCUGAUAAUUUUACAGAUGAAUUUCAUACGAUAACCUUCUUUUUAAAUUGCACUCUUUUUAAGGAUUGUAGCAAAGCCUCAGAGUCCACACAUACUACAACAAAAUAUAAUAUGCUCGGCGAUGUGAAGAGUUUUUUAAAUUAUUCAGUAGUACAAUAAAAUAAUUCAAGUGUAUUUCAUUGGUUUUUCAAGUAUUUCCUAAGCAUCUAAAGCAGUCUGUGACCAGAAAUUGGAAGGCUGAGCUGCUCGAAUGUUAUUGCUUUAAACUGCACUUGUUUUAAUAAGAAAGCAUUUUUAACCUAAGUUCUUGAAAAUAUGAUUUGUGGUAGUUGAUUCAUUUCUCCCACCAUUUUCCAUGCUUCAAAAACUUGAAUACCUAAGCUUGUACAUUACUUUGUGUUUUGCUAUCCUUUUUACUGUAAAAUGUAAAUAUUUUAAGGGAUAUUUUGAUUCUAAAAUGAUAAAACUUUCUCACAUACUGUGUGUGUUUGAUUUCAUAGGUGUGAAAAUGUAGACUGAAUAUAGCAGGCUAAGUUGUACAAUGCCACACUGGUCUUAUGGCUAAGUCAUUCCGAGUUUUGGGGGGGGUGAAGAAAGGGGAGAAAGGUAGAGGGAAAUUUGUACCAUUGGGACUUUCAGUAAAUUGACUGCUAUCCAUUUCAAAAACUAAAAGGCAGAAAAAAAAAAAAAAAAAAAAAGAAGAAAUAAAAAAAAGACAACCUGAAUACAAACUAAAAUCUCCUGCUCUUACCCUUCCUUAAAUACCCUGGUCAUUUUGUCUAGUCUGUUAGAAACAAGAAAAACAUUCCAUUAUGUAAACCAAAAGUUAGGUUUAUUGUUCUGUUUCUCAGUGUUCUGUUUUUUAUUUUGAGUACAUUACCUUAUGUAUGGACAUCGCAUUUUGCACUUUGCUGUAGAAAAACCUCUUCUUUUUCAGAAGGUCUUUCCAGUCUAACAACACACUAAUAACUGUUCAUUUUAAAUAUGGAUGUAUUUUAAAGUAAAAUUUCAUUUGGGUACCCUGCAGAUAGAUUCACAGUCAAUUCAACUAAAAUAAAAAGAAUCUUGCACCAAA